GAUCUUAAGCUUCUCAAAGGAUUGUCAAGAGCAUCGAAUCAAUUCAUCGCUUACAGGCUCAGAGGCGCCACAAGAAAAGAGAACAAAUAUAAUUCAGUUUGGAAAGGGCGUUGGCCCCAAGGAGCAACAGGACCGAGUCCUGUGGGACAAAGGACAUCUUGCACAGCAGGACAGCGACCGAUACGCGCUGCAUCGGACAAGCUAGUAGCUGGUGAGAUGGCGCGGGUGCUCUUUGGAGUGCUGGCAGCUGUUGCAGUUCUGGCCAUCAGCAGACCAGCAGCAGCACAAAAUGCAGGGCCCUGGAAUGAGAACAAUUUGGUGGGAGUGGCAUCGGAAGUGAAGACUGGGCAGCAAUAUGGCGCCGGGCAGAAGGUCAAUGUGUGCAAAUUCCCCCUGGGCUCCGUCAACCCCUGGGAACUUAAGCCAGAGAUCCAGUAUCUGCCGGUGUCUUCGGAGCUGAUCCUGUCAACGUCCGGCCGGGGAUCUUUCAUCGCACCGGCUGUUGGAUUCCUGCACUACGGACCCUCCUGCUACCUCUACGACCACGUCUGCAACUUCAACUACCAGGAGCCCUGCAACCUGCGCGGCACCUGCCAGACGAACAACACUUGCUUCUGCACCAACGGCUUCAAGACCUGCAGGCCGCUGGACGGCACAAUGACAUCAGCAACCGCCGGCUGCGAGACUGACAUCUACACCGACGUUAACAAUUGCGGCGAUUGCGGCUUUGUGUGCCCGGCCGGGCAGAUCUGCGACGGCGGCGGCUGCUUUGACGCCAACGGGGGUCCCCUCCCCGCCCCCCGCUGCGCCCUCCCCCCCACCACCGCCGCCACCACCGCCCAUUGUGGCAGCCGGCACCAACGGUGCAGACAAUGGAGCCGGCAUCAACGGUGCCGGAAUCAACAGCGCAGGCAACAACGGUGCCGCAGGCACAGAGGGCACAUUGACGUCAGAGACCGUAAACCAGCCGGCAACUGUGGCUGCCUCCGGGAGCUCUGAGACCACAGGGCGGGCAGCUGCCAAGAAGGCGGCCGCCAAGUCAGCGGCCAAGGCAGCGGCCAAGUCAGCAGAUGCAGGGGCGACUAACCCGGCAGCAACAAUCGCCACUGCUGGCCGACGACUCCUUCAGGGCCUUUGAAGAGACUUGCACCCUUUUGACUAACCAUAAAUGACUAAUCAUGGAAUAGUAGCACGGUCUCCUUUCUUGGCAACCAGCUGUGCUUGCAAGAAGGCCCUGAGCUGGGUUUUUCCCUUGUUUGCUCCAGAACGAAGCUGCAUGAGCUUAGCAAGGACAGCGCACGGUGCAAAGCAUAUAAAUGCAUGGCUUGGCUGCUGAAGGGGCAAUUUCUUUUUCUAAAGAGCAGGCAGCUACCUCAGGAAAACAUCAGCAGCUGGUGUGUUGAACGCAUGCUAAAACAAUGACAGCUCGUUAGCCGCUGGCCUUGGUAGGGUGCCUGUGACACAGCAAAGCUGUGCCACAAUUGGCGUAACGGACGGGCGGAUAGAUGUUGUUUUUUAAGACGGGGAAAUCAUGAAGGAUGGUCUUGUGUUAAUGUUCAAGUGUACCUUACACAGAUAGCUGGCUGGCCCUGCAGGGCGCCUAGAUUUGAGUUGGGCAUAAAGAAAGAGAUUCUACAAGUCUCAUUAGCAUUUUUCAGGGAUGCAAGCCGUGCUGUACAUUUUAAAGGAGAUAAAUGUGCAACAGUAAUAUGUGGCAAUUUCUAACGAAUGACCUGUUCUGACAUACCAGCUCUCCAGCAGUGUUCUGAGCCGAAAUGUGUUGUGUGGUUGGCAUCUUUUGCAAUGACAGCCAGCCCCCAUGCUGACAUGAUGCUUUUGAGGGCUUGGUUCAAGAUCCAAUAUGUUAGCUGGCCUUUGUAAAGUAGGUUUCAAC